ACAGCAACGCCGCUGCCUCUCCUUCGGCAGGGUCCUGCCCAGGCUUCCUAGGAAGACCCUGCCAGGCCCCCGGGCUGAGUGAGGAUGUGUUUGUUAGAGCCACACAGCCAGCAAGGCAUCAGCUCAGUGCUCCUGGACACUACCUGCCUUCACACACAUCCUGGGGGCUUGCCCGUGGUUGUCUGCUGCUGUUGUGCUGGAUAUGAUGGCUGCUGUUUACUGAAGGCCUGCCCUGCGCGCUCCUCACCCUUCCUUCUCCCGCCCUGUCGGUGUCCUGCCCUUUCGCAGACUUCCAUCUCUUACACUGCUUCGGGAGCCUCCUGCAUUAUACCCCAGACUCUUGGGAAGGUCCCAGGUGGAGUUGUCCAUUCUAGAAGUGGCUCCAAGAGAAGCCAGGCAUCCUUUCCCAGCCCCUUUGAUCAGGCUCCCUACUUCCAACUUUAAUUUUUUUUUGUUUUUUUAGAUGGAGUCGCUCUGUCACCCAAAGUGCAGUAGUGCAGUUGUGGCUCAUUGCAACCUCUGCCUCCCAGGUUCAAGAGAUUCUCCCGCCUCAGCCUCUCGAGUAGCUGGGAUUAUAGGCGUGUGCCACCAUGCCUAGCUAAUUUUUUGUAUUUUUAGUAGAGGCGGAGCUUCACCCUAUUGGCCAGGCUGGUCUUGAACUCCGGACCUCAAAUGAUCCAACCACUUCAGUCUCCCAAAGUGCUGGCGUUGUAGGCUUGAGCCACCACUCCCAGCCCCAACUUUAAAAAAAAAAAAAAAACUAUACAGCAAUGUAGAAAUAAAUCACUAAUUCACAAAUACAACCAUGGCUCAUGCCUGUAAUACAAGUGCUUUGGGAGGCUGAGACAGGCAAAUCACAAGGUCAGGAGUUCAAGACCAGCCUGGCCAACAUAAUGAAACCCUGUAUCUACUAAAAAUACAAAAAUUAGCUGGGCAUGGUGGCACAGGCCUAUAAUCUCAGCUAUUCGGGAGGCUGAGGCAGGAGAAUUGCUUGAACCCAGGAGGUGGAGGUUGCAGUGAGCCGAGAUCGCACUAUUGCACUCCAGCCUAAGAGACAGAGGGAGAAUCCGUCUCAAAAAAAUAAAAAAAAAAAAAAAGCCGGGCGCAGUGGCUCAUGCCUAUAAUCCCAGCAUUUUGGGAGGCGGAGGUCAAGAGAUCAAGACUAUCCUGGUCAACAAGGUGAAACCCCGUCUCUACUAAAAAUACAAAAAUUAGCUGGGCAUGGUGGUGUGCACCUGUAGUCCCAGCUACUCAGGAGGCUGAGGCAGGAGAAUUGCUUGAAACCAGGAGGCAGAGGUUGCGGUGAGCCGAGAUCGCGCCAUUGCACUCCAACCUGGGUAACAACGGCGAAACUCCGUCUCAAAAAAAACAAAAAACCAUGAAUUCACCUGUGCAUCUUAGACCUACAAGAAUCAGUCCUGGAGUUUUCAGUUGUUCUCUGUUUGGAGACUUGUUUCUUAGCCGGAUAAUAACCAGUCACCCAUGGAACAUCAUUCACAAGCCACCAGCCCCACCCAUUGCAACAGAAAUGGGUUUGGGGGUCACUUAGGUGUGAGAGUGUGGACAGGUCCCCCAGGCCUUUGGAAUGUGUAUGCCUAUUGAGAAGCCCAGUUCUGGGAAGCAGAGGCAGGCCCUGGUCAUGUGGCCAUGGUCAGCCAGAAUUGGUGGUGACAGAUUCCAUGGGGCCUCCCAAGACCUGCCACAGCCCCCACCUCCAGUGCUAUGUGCAAACAAGGACCCUUUCCCUUUCCCUUUCCCCUGCCUUCAACCCAACUGUCGUGACAUCAGCAAGGGCUCAGAGGCAGAGCACAUAUGAGUCUAAUGACUGCAUGGUUUAGGGGGGAAUUCACUGUAUCUCUUUGAACCUUGGUUUCCUGUCCUGCAAAAUGAGAGAAGAGAGUGAGAUGCAAUCUUUGUGUGCCGUGGAGGGGCGUAGGAAGAAUGGUCAAAGGCUGCAGGAAACACAUUUCACUUCCAUCCUCCAAAGAUGAUGCGGGUUGUCCCAAAAGGGAGCGAUGCAAGCGGGGCCUAGAGAGGAGGCAUUGGGGGCACUGUGGCCAAGCAGCUAAGGCCUUUCCCUCUAACCUGAGCCUCCUCCAGAAAACCCCACCCAGCAAUCUCCCCAGUGAUCACCUCACCCCAAGUGGCCUCCUGUAAAAACCACUUACAGAAAUGCGAAGUAUUUUUAACCAAAACACACCGCCAAAUCCAAGAGUACAGGGCAGGCGGCGGGUGUGGGGGGAGGUGGGGAAUGAAGGCUUGAAUUGCAGAUUAUGGGCACGGGAAGAGGCAGUUCGAUAACAGUUACUGGCUUUAAUUCCAAGACCUGACUGGGUAAGGAGAUAAACCCCUCUGCUGGGCCGAGCUGCUCCAGGGCAAGGCAGCAGAACCCAUGAAAAGGGCUGAGAGGAGUGUGGGCUUCCAGCUAAACCGUUACCUUGGCAAAUUACGAGGGAGUCCCUGCUGGGAAGCAUAAUUUUCUUCUCUGGCUGUGCCAGGGGCUGCAGGUCUGGGCAACGUCAGUCACAUAUGGGAAAUUGUUUCCUAUUAAUAAAAUACGAGCCCUCAGCCUGCUAAAGAGCAGAGGGGGUUCUAACGCCCGACUGGCCCAAAUGUCUGCCUUCUUCCUCCCCUGGCCUUGGUGCCUGGGGUCAUCCCAGGUUUGCUGUGGUUUUUUGGGAGGGUUUUUUUUGGUGCACAUGUAUUUUUUUAUCACAUGAUAGCGUUACCACCUUGCAUAAGCUUCAGGACAUGCACACACACUCCCAGACACACACACACUUUCUCUUCUUGAAUCUUCAGAACAAGCCUGAAGGAAGGACAGGCAGGGACUGUGUAGCCCAUUUGCAACCAGAGAAAUUGCAGCCUAGAGAGGCGGAGGAGGAAUUAGGACUGUGUCUCAGCUACCCAGGCCUCUGCUUUCACCGGCUUCCCACUCCUCCUGGAAACCAAGCUUCCAGGGCAACAGGGGAGCCUCAAGAUCAUCCUGCUGACUUCACACCCAGGAUAAAUUCACCAGGCUCCUGAUGGCACCCAACACAGAUGAGAACACCCUAAGGCUGACCCGCUGAGAGCUGUGGGAGGGGGGGUCACCAGCCCCUCAGUGCAGCGCCUGAGUAACUUGUCCUCCUUGUCCACUGCCCUGAAUCCUUUUGUUCUGUGGGAGGGAAAUGGUAAGUCCAGACCUCCCUGGCGGGUACAGGAGCGUGAGCUGCAGCCUGGCAGCUUCCCCAGCAUCAAGUCGGCUGAUUUCCAGGCUUGUGGCUCAGCCUCCUGCUGCCAGGUGUGACGAGCACAUUGGCACAGUUGGGAAGCAGCAGAGCCCAACUCUGCUUUGGGGCUACAGACACCAGCUUGUGCCCACUUCAUGCACUACAGACGGGAGACUGAAGCCCAGAGUGGGCAGGGGCACGCCCUGAGCUAAUGCAGAGCCAUGUCUUCUCCUAUGCCUGUGCUUCUUCCAGCCCCUCUCUCAGUGUUGGGAAAGACCACACUCACACACACACAAAACUACACACACAUCUACCACCCACACUCCCUCCCACACACACUACACACUCCCCCCACACACAGACACACACCCACACUACCCUCACACACAAAACACACACCUACCACCCACACUCCCUCCCACACACACACACUACAUACUCCCCCCUUAGACACAGACCCACACUCCCCUCACACACACACAAAACACACAUUAUACAUAUUCUCACUACACACACUCCCCUCACAUACACACUACACAAUCCCCUCACACAUCCAAACUCCUUAUACUCUACAUACACAUUACACACUUCCCCUACACACAUUCCCCACACUCCCCUCACAUAUACACACUAUACUCCACGCACAUACCCACACACUACACAUACUCUUCACACACUACACACCUACACUCCCCUUACACUGCACACACCUCACACACAUUACACACACUUCCCCCAAGUACACCCACACGCACUACAUACGCUCCCCUCACACUAUACACUCCCUCACACACAUCCAUACUCCCCUUACACAUGCUCUACACACACAUUACACACUCCCACACACACUAGUCCCUCACACAUCCAUACUUUCCUUACACACUACACACACACACUGCACGCUUCCCUCACACACACUACACAGUCCCUCACACACAUCCAUACUCCCCUUACACACAUACACACUGCACACUCCCCUCACACAUACACUACAUGCUCCUCUCACACUACACACCACACACACACCCUGACACACACACCCAUACCCUUCAGUGUGCGUGCACACACACCACACACAUUCACCACACAUACACACCCCCGCCACACAAACAGUAAAGUAGUGGCACCUUCACAUGUUAGGUGUCCAUACGAGUGCCCCCAAGAGGCAGUCACAUCUCCACACUCUGGACUCUAAUGACCUGGUUCCCUCCCCUGCACGCCAUCCCAAGGAAGCCUUGUCAUGCACACACUCCGCCACCACAUGAUUGUGUCUGAACUCCUUGGCUUGGCAUUUGAGGCCCUUCCCGGCACGGCUCAAGCCUCCCUGCCCAGCUCAAGCCUCCCUGCCCAGCAUAGCUCAAGCCUCCCUGGGCAUCCCUGUGUGCCUCAUAGUUAACAGGCACAGAGCAGGAAUUGCAUGCUGUCCCUCCCCACAAAGAGCCCACGCGCUAGUGAGGGAGGCAGACCCAUACGCAGGUACUCACCACACACCCGGCAGGCACCUGAUGGCCAGGCGAGCCCACCACCCAAGGGGCACACUGCCGUGAGGGCUUCAGAUGGCUACUGGCCUUGUUUCACUAAAUCCCCCUGCCACCCUAUGGGCAGAGACCCUGAGCAGGCUUGUGAGAACGCCUGAGCCCCCACAUAGGGAACAAAGUGGGGAGGGCGUGCGACACAGGUGACAGUGCCCAUAGCUGCCGUGCCUUUGACAGGGCUGGAGAAGGUCUCUGAGCAGAGGCCUGGAAGCCAGUUUGACUUCCAGCCUCCCCUGGCCCCUCCUCUGCAACAGACCUGCCCCUCCUCAACAUCUGGCUCAGCCCUCCCCUUCUGUAGGGCACCUAGGAAGGAGAGAGGUGCCACAUCUCUCUUCCCUCCACACCAGAGUACGGCCCAGCCCACCCGGCCCCUUCCAGCUCCUCCCCAAAGCGCGUGCUUCAUCUUAUAUGGUCCAAUUUUUGCGAUGCUGGUCGGUUCUGGAACCCUUGUUGGGCCAGGACUUAUUUAUGGACCAGGGCUGGAGGGGCCAGAAGGGCAGUGUACCGUGUGGCUGGCCUCCUCUCGACCCCGAUUCCUGGGUCCCAUCUGCCUUCGCCAUGUCUUUUGGUCCCUUGGUCCUCACACUUGUCUGUCUGCCUCUGCCAGUCUCUGUCUUACUCUUGGAUUGACUGUGUGCAGCUGUGGAAAGGAGGCUCUGCCCUUCACCAGCUCGAUGGCCUUGGACGAGCCGCUUAGGCUCAGGUGCCUUCUCCCAUCUGGGAAAUGGGGUCGAUAGCGCCUACCUUGCAGGGUGCCCGGGAGAUGAAGUUAUAAAUAAUACAGUGAGGCUCCUGGCCCACAAUAAAUGGUAGCUGUUGGCAUGUUCUCUCUUUCUGUCCCUCCCCCCCCACCAAUGUUCCCUCUCCUUCUCUUUCUGCCCCCUUCUCCUGCUGAGGAGUUGAAAACACUCUGCCCAUUUCCGCCCCCCACCCCGCCUUUGGUCCACCCCCGUUUUCUUUCUUCUCUCGGUCUCUCUGCUUUAAGUGAAUCAGAACACAGAGCCGGUUUGUUCUUUCUUAAAUCUAUCAAAUGCCUUUACAUUUCCCUGUUGUUAAUUUUCAAAGCCUGGGAAUGAAGUGCUUUGUGUCUUGCUUCUGCAGUGAAGUGUUUCUCGGGUAACCCGUGUUCCUCCUGGGGCAGCCCUGCGUGGAGACAGCUCCCAGUCCCGCCACAGCCUUCGAGGCCCCGCUCCUGGGCUGGCCCACCGUCCAACAGGCAGAGGCCACCGGGCCAGAGAGAGGGUGUUCCGGCUCAAUUUUUCCCUCCCCCAGUCUUUAAAACUCCAUUUAUCCCAAUUUGCUAAAUUUAAACUCUGUUUUUCCAGAGUGGCUCCUUACUUGAGGCCUUGGCCAGCUAAAUUAAGGCUCUUGCUCCUCUUUCCCAUGGCCUUUUAUGAAGCUGCCCAGCAUUAAUUACCAUGUUUGUCACUGGGUAAUAAAAAUCUCUGAACUCCCUGCCACCAGAUUAUCUUUGUAAAGAAAUGCAACUCAUUUACAGUUAAUAACCAGAGGCCCUGCAUCCCCAGCCUGCUAAGGCAAGUGAUUUAUAGCACCCGCCAGAUGAGCCCAUGCACUUUUGCAUGGGACAGUCCCUGGUCCAGGUUCAGUGGCUGCUGGCGAGAUGCCCGCUUCCCACCCAUUUAGGCACAGGUCCCCUGAGGCCAGGUGGGCGUGUAAGGCACUACCCUGUGAGAGCCGGCUGCAGAUGGAGAUAACGUUUUUGUCCUCUUCCCCC